AUGAUCCAAAACACACGGUCUUCAAUACUUUUGCCAAUUUUAUUUUUGCUUUUGUUAGUUGAAAUUGCGAAUGGUUUACAAUGUUAUGAUUGUUAUGGAACUGGACCCGAUCACAAAGAAUGUACACAACAAAGAAGUUGCAAUGGAGUUGCUUGUAUGAUUUGUGAGUUUUAUUUUUGGAGUUUAUUUUGGUGGCGGGAAAGCUUCAUUUAAAAUUUUGAAAAAAAUGUUAAUAAAUUUUGAAUUUCGAAAAUAUACCAGAAAAUUUUCAACAUUUGGAAAUUUUAAUGAAAACCAGAAAAAAAGUUGGAAUAUUCCCAGAUUUCGUAGUUCUUUUUUUUCAACUUCAAUCUGGACGCAAAUAAAAACAAGAAAUUCGCAAUCUAGAAAAUUAUUCCAUUUUGCAGUACUGUAAUUCCAAAAUUAACUGGAAAAAACCAAACUGCGAAAAUCACAAACUUUUUUCGAUUGCAAUACUGAAUUUUCCGAAAAAACUUUUUCAAAAAAUUCAAGAAAAAUUCAAAUCUUCAAAUCUCGCAGGAACUAGAAAUUGAAAAAACAACAGAAAACUCUCCUCGAAAAAAAACUGAAUUUUUUCCAGUCAAUUCCAAACUUUAUAGAUUUCCCUAUGUUUUUCUAAACUUCAAAUAUAUUUUAUUUUCAGUCGAUGCUGGUGAUAAUCAAACAGCCUCCGCAUUUUGCCUUCUCGCAAUGAAAGGUCAAAAACUCGAUGAAGCUAAAGAUGGAUGUUGGUUGGAACCGGAUGGAAAAGGAAAACAUUGUAUGUGUUUCAGCGAUUUUUGUAACAAAUUGGUUGAUCGACGAAAUACUGAUGAAUGUAAGUAUUUUACUUGUUUUCUAACUAAAAAUUAUUAUAAAGUUCAAAAGUGUUUUCCUUUUUUUGCUGCUCGAGAAAAGCAGCAAAAAAAAACAAAUAUUUGGAAAACUGAUAAAUACGAAGAGAUACAAUAACAGUUGCGAAAAGCUACGCAAAAAAAAAGAACGGUUGCGCGGCGAGCAACGAGCAAUUACGUCAAAGAGAAAAGACAGACAGAUUGGCGACUAAUUCGAGAAACCAAAAAAUGUUGCGAAUAGAAAAAAUAGAACUUGAAAAAAGACACGUAGAAAUUUAUAAUAUGAAUUUUGUGUAAUUUUUUUUUAAUUCAAAUUUGUUGAGUAAUUAUACAAACAUAUUGAUAAUGAUAGAAAAAAAAUUGUUAUUAUUAAAAUAUUAAUCAUAACAAAAUUCUGAAACGUAUCUUUUCGGAAAUUUUUAUGGAAAAGUAAAUUUUGUAUACUGUUUUCGAACAAUUGAAAGCGUUUAUCCUGGGUUCUUUUUGAGACCUGACACAAUUUCAGGAGUUCAACCCGAAAGUGAGAAAAUCAGAGAAACAUAUUUUGAUCUACAAAAGAAAACAUUUCGAAAAAUUCUCCACAUUCCUUAUUCAAUUAUUUUCAGCUGAUCCAAUGGCUCCACUUCUUCCAACAGCCGACUUUUUGAAACAAAACCCGCUCGUCGACUACGAUUCUCCAAAUCUUGGCGAUUAUGUCGAUGACGGUUCACAUCCGCCACCAAGUCAUGUGCUUUUCCCAUCCGCCGACAAGCCUGAUCCACGUGUCGCUGGUUCACCAGAUACUGAUGAUGAUGGUAAGAGAUUCUGAAAAAUAAUUUAUUUGGAAACAAUAAUAAUUCCAGAUCUUGUCGCUGUGAAUUUGGAUGAAUACGAUGAACAGGAAGCUCAAAAGGCUGAAAGACAUCGAUACCAUCAUCAUAAUAAUCAUCAUUCGACAACACCUUCAACUUCAACAACUACAGAUGAUGCAAUUGUUCUACCAGUUGAUGAUAAUUCAGAAGAUGACACUGAAGAUCGCACAAAACUUGCGCGAGUUCCAGAAAAUCGAGAUGAAAAUAUUGCGAAAGAAGUUUCAUCGAGUUUCAAACCACCAGCGUGGGUUUUAUUCUUCUUCCCAAUGGCUGCAUCGUGGGCCAGAUUUGUCACCAGUUUCUAA